AUGGCUAAUCGAAAUUCUACGGUGGAUCCGCGUCGUUUGGGCACAGCUAAGCCCGCCUUGGUUACCGGACAGACGGAGUUCCGGGCGAAUCAUGACCGCCGCAAGCAGCAGCUGAGCCGGCGGAGCUGCCUGGAAGCUCCCUGCGGACUGAGUGAAGCGCCCAGACGGCCCUCGCAUCAGGAAGCCAAACCAGUCAUCCUGCAGACUAUGGCACAACAACACUCCAAGCGAAUGCCCCUUUGCCUCCUCCCUGAUGAUCUGUUCAUCAUCAGAGAUGACCCAUGAAAGAUAGCGGACCAGUCCAUUAACAGAAACCCUCCAGAUUCCACAGGAGGAAGCAAGAGUUUGCCAGUUUGCCGUACCCAGGCUGGGAAAAAAGCGGAUAUCGUUUCCCUGAGGAAGCAUCUGGACCACACCAGGUAUGCUCAGCUUUCAGAGCGCCUGUGUCCUGCAGGCAGUGGAGUCCUGGCACUGAAAAAGCUGUGGCAUUUGGCGUUUGGCGGGGCCACAGCUACUUCCACCUCCUGCAGAAAGAGGAGCAGGAGUAGAACAGAGCCUCGGCCUCCCAGUUUCUCCUCUGACUCAGACAGCGAUUCAGAGGGGUGGCCUCUGUCUGCAGGAACCAGCCUGUCAGGUGCGAAUGAAGCAAGGCCACACAGGAAGAAGAGCCAGUCAGCAUGACCUUUCACCCCUGUCCAUCACUCUCUGACCUCCCCUCCGCUGAGUGAAGCACUGAGGAAGGUCAUUUACCGCCAGCUCUGCUGUCUGAACUGGCUGCUGGAGGCCUUAACUCUGGAUCGCUCCAGCAGAGUCAGCCCCCUCACCGCCUGCUGGGACCCCAAAGACCCUGGCCAAGGCAGGACCACAAUAAAGACGCAGAAAAAAGAGAGAGCCAUUGAGAACAAACGGGAGCAGCUUGUUUCAACCAAGCCUCAGAGAGCUCAUCCCAGGCGCCCUCGCAGCCCCUCUGCUCACCUUAACACCCACAGGAAAUCUUCCUUCGCCACUGUGGCCUCUGUUUCGGCCCGCGCCUCCACCACUGUGGGCAGCAGGGUGUCCUGUCUGGUCCCAGGUGCUGGGGAGGACACAGAGUGUCCAGGAGCCCCCCAUCCCAACUCUCACUGUCCUGACAAGCCCCCAUUAGCCAUCAACCAUCGAAUCAACAACAAGGCCACAAGGCUACGUGAGCUGAAAGCAGCCUCUGACGAAAGGGUUGAGGAGAUGGCUAGAGGCUACAUCGACGUCCUGGAGCUCAAAGCCAGGGAGAGGCUGAACAGUGGUCUCGAGAGGUACCGAGUGCUGUGUCAUGUGACUGAACCCCAUGGCCUUCCUCAUCAUGUGACAUGCAUGCCUCAAGAGACAGAAGCUCCAACCAGCAACAAUAAAAACAACCACAGCAACAAUAUGUGGCUGUCCACUCUGCUGAGCAACCUUCCUAAAGAGGUGUGCACGGAGCAAACGGUGAGCCGGGUGCUGGAGAAGCUGAGGGGUUUUGCAGAGCGGCAGACGCUCAGGGUUUGACCUCAGCUCUUCCUGAAGGAGCUGGGGGGUCUCGAGCCAUGGGAGCUCUGACUGCCUGAGCUGCGUGUGGCCAUCCAGAUUGUCACAGAGCAUGUGGUCCAGAUGUCCACAGAGGAGUAUGAUGCCUGGCUGUGUUCAAAGGUCACUCUGCCCCUACAGUACCACCCUGAGCCUCAAACACCAGGGUGCAAAGUCUAG